CGCUAGCACUGGCUGACAGACGAGAUAAUGUAUGCACGAUCAUGUCUGGACUGCAGGAGGCGCGGGGCUGGCAGUGGUGGCGCUUGCCCAAGACUGUGUGAUGCGUGCAGCGUGAGGUCGGGAGGCAGGCCGGAGCUGACUGAGGCUUUGCGUGGCAAGGCCGCAUCGUGCUGCUGCUGCUGUACAGCACCGGGCAUUCGUGCCACAAACAGCCUUUGUCGUGUGCCACACUGGCUGCCUAAACUUAGCGUUCACCUUGGGCUUGUCCCCCGAUACUGACACCGAUAUUCGCCACCCUGGUGGGCAACAAAAGAACCGAUGGCUGAAUUACUUUCUGCAGGCAGCGUCUGAUUUGACCUGUUUUCCUCUGCCGUUCACCAUCGCGCGUGUGUGUGUGUGCAACCACAGCUCGUUUCUGCCUGUGCAGCUGCAACAACCCGACUAGCCUGUAGUAGUCUGAAGCUGCAUCGUGCAGUGACGCUGGACGCCUUGCUACACUCGUAGACCAGACGUAGGCGAAAAUGUCAAGCUAGUGGCUGGCGGUCGCUGAUUCUUAGUCAUCUGUAUAUUAUAAUUAACCCUGAAGUCAGAUAUCUUCCUCCCCCCCGUCCUCCUCUGUGUUGGUGGACAUGGCAGUACAGAGAUGGCCAACGAAUCGAGGGAUGAUAUCAGUACGGGUGACAGGUAGCUGAACUGUGCCUUCAUGCAACCCUGCAGCGACAGUGCCGGGCCGCAAGACAGACGUGGUGUGUGUUGAUGCCUACACAUCAUGGAUAUUGCAGAUGGUUUGUGGAUUAUUACGUUUCUUCUUCAUCUGGUUGCUGUUGUGACAGAUGCACGUUGCAGUUUUCCGACUGCCUGGCAUGGCACAUGGUUCCAGGACGGACUUGGAGAAGUCAGCAUCAGCAAACACGCUGUCUCACACAAGGGCCAUUGUAACAACAGUCAUGGAACGAAAUAUUUACUGCUAGACAGGGACAAAAAUUGCUUUGUGUGCUUAAUCUUCACCCCAAGGCACGAAAAUAUAUUGCAAUACAAGGAAAGUUAUUGUGGAAAGGAUGAUAACUUGGAUAGUGUUUGUGGGGGUUUCACAGCUAACUUCCCGUUACACACCAUUGUAAAAGUGUCGGGUCAUCCAAUUCCAUGCCCUUUCCAAGGUCCUUAUUUUUUCUCCUAUACAAACGAGACUCUGGAAGAGUGUGACGAGCCUCGCUCUGAGAUUCACGCGUGUGCGGACAAAUCUCGCUUCAUUUUUAGUUAUCGUCAAUGCAGACACCUGCCUCAUCAAACGCAUGAUAUCCAACUGACUUUCCAGUGCAUGGCCACGUGGUAUGACGGAGGUCGGAUACUUUACGGGAAAUUCACGGGACUCGGACGUCCAGACAAGGACAGAAUGUACCGUUGUUUUAAAUACAGCUUCUAUGGAACAAGAGGUGACAUGUCCAUGUCUCAAGACGCCACGUGCAGAGGUCUAUCCACUCCACAGGUGGGCAUGAACACCUUCUCUCUAGAGCAUCGAAAAGAAGAAUGGCCGCGACCGUCAUGUACAUUUCCCGACUGGCUGAAGUUGGCUGGAGGUUGGCGAGACGUGGCUGGCCGGCAACGUAUUGUUGUUGAAGCAAACGGAGAAGAGCUGGCCCUGCAGGACCUCGUCCAUCCCGAUUUUCUACAUCCAGGGGAAGUGACUCCCGAAACACGUCUCCGCGCACGUUGUUUAGACAUUGUGGACACUUCAGGUCCUGCGGAUCUGCAGACCAGCAACUUCCUCACCUUCGCCACAAACGACUCAUGCGUCUCCAGCUACAGAUGUAUUCGCCUUAAGCAAAGAGCUGCUCGUGUCUUCGAGAUGUACAUCGGUGCUGCUACCGAAGACACAUACCUGGCGUGCGAGAAAAGUUUUUUUGCUGAGUCUGAGAAACACGUGUUUUUCCCACACGUGAGCCAGGCCGUGACGUGCCCGUUGACCGGAGUGUACAGUUACGUGCAGAAGGUGGGCGACUGUAGUGGUGCACUGAACAUCGGCUGCCAGCUGCAGACAGAGAUGCAGCUGCACGCUACCUGCCGAGCACGCCAACAGUCAGAAGAGAUUCUGCAGUGUCUGCAGACGUGGACUGAAGAAGGCCGCCUUCACGUGAUCACUGCGCGCCCCGGUAACGCAUUCGCUCCUGCUGACUGCCUGGUGUUCGAGGACACGGUGAAGGGCUACACACUGACCGGAGAGGUAACUUGUGGAGGUGGAGGCAUCAUGAUCAUGAAUCAGCCCAUCGACUUCAUCGUCACCACUCCAAAAAAAAUUUGCGAAAAACCGUCUUCCUAUCAGCCCACGCCAGGCUCGGAUAUAGGCAACGAACGUACUCACCGUGAUGACGUCACCUCUACACCGCGUUCAGGGUUGCAACCUGCAGGGGAUUCCCCUCCGGAGGUCCCCAAGGUGCGCGUCAUUAACAACAGCAAUACAAGAACUUGUCCCAGCUGCUUUAUUCUCCUCUGUGCUGUGUUGGCGUUUGCUCUGCAUCAGAGGUGAUGAACUCAUCGCCUGGACGCAUCGUAGGCGCGUGGACGUCACCGCACUGGACACUUGGAAUGCGUUUUGGAUGACGCUCUCUGGUGGAGGAGUGCCCUGCAUCUUCAGCUGUGUCUGCAAUAAUGCCAUGCCUGUGAAAGUCGCAAUAUGUAUUACACAUCGUUACCUAUUGUUCUUACCUUGGUCAUCGGAUUUGUCGUCAGUGUAGAGCUGGGAGUGCCGCGUGCCUUCCCACCGAUUCUUGCCCCGACUCUGACGUCGCCUUCUCCCCCAUUCACCCUUUGUCGCCUGUGUUUGAACAGGAUUCACAUGGAUAGAACUGUCGGUGCCAAUAGUUUUCGAAGCACUGGUAUAAUCACGGAUGGAAGUUUUUAUUCCUAUGACACGAGUUCUAAGUGCCAGAUUGUCUUCUCAGUCGUUUGUGUUUCAUAUAAAAGCCACUUUCUUCAAGCUUCGUGUAGAAGUUGUCGCCGUAUACGUCAGACGGUGUGAGCGUCAGAAACUAAAGAUGAAUGAGCGGCAAAUUCACUCAGUGCAAUAUCAGUUUGUUUCGUGUGUCCUUUAAGAAACAGGCUCCUUGCACCAAUGCUUAUCGUCAACGUUGACUUCAUAAAGUAUUUACAAAUAUGAAGAGAAAAAAAAGGGAUUCAUAAAAAGAAAGUGUGUAACCAUAUCUUAGCGACAAUAACAAAUACAAAAUCUGAGAGAAAAAUAAAAGUAGAGCUAACGGCAUAACGCCGCAGGAAGUGACAUGUGAUGAGCUCGUUCCAGAUACACAGAAAAUGCAGUAUGGAUACUUUGUACGCCUCCUUGAGUGGAUUUUUUUAAACCUUGGGCUGUUAUGUGUUGUGCCAGGCUGGAUAUUGUGUCAGAUUAAAGUGCCACAGAGUACGGCACCAAGCGCCCUGUUCGUUGAAGUAAACGAAGUGGGCAUGUGACGGGCGGUAACCAAACAUGACUCAGAUGUGCUCAAUAAUAUCUGUUUUGUGAUGAAUCAAGUCAGAGAAACAGUAUUUAUAUUACACGUUAGUUUUUCUCUUCGUGCUGUUGUGUGUUGGGCUUCGGUUGCAUUACCAUGAAUAUGACGGCAGACUGGCAGUUUUAUGUACAUAGGUCAGUCGAGCGAUGUCUUUAGGGCCCUUGUUGUCAUCGAACAUCCAUCCACCCCCGUGACCUUUAUAUCCCGUGUCCUUUUAUCGCUGCAUUCGUUACCUAUACUUGCAUCGACUAUGAUGUCACAUGUGUUGCGACAUGUCUAGUCUGUCACUGGUAGAGGGAUCAAUAAUAGUAGAAGGCUAUGUCCAGUCAAACGCUGACAUAGACUUUAUUGUGUUCGUUUGACUUCAGUUUCUGGUUCACAACAAUAUUUUAUAACUGUUUUGAAAGCCUCUAAAUCAAAGUCAGUAGACAGUAAUAAAUGAAAAGCCUUGUAUACAGAACAAACAUCAUGAGAUGGUCUUAAAGAAGCCGUGUAUACAAAAAAAAAAUCAUAAGAUGGUUAUGUAGAUGCAUUUUAAAAAAAUCAUCAUUAGAUGUUUUUGUAGAAGCCGUGUAUACAGAACAAGCAUUAUGAGAUGGUCUUGGAGAAGCUAUGUAUACAAAACAAACAUCAUUAGAAGGCACAUCAUUACUCAGAGCAAAACUAGUUUCAACAAAUAACAUUAAUGCAAGUCAAAACAGUCUGUGGAAAGCAAUUGUUGUUUUAUAAGUUCGUGACAUGAUGUAGAUUUUACUUGGAUGGUUUUAAAGUCAAAUAGAAGAGAUCUUCUUGUUUGUUUUUGUGGCGGGGAGGUGAGGUGGAGUGAAAAAAUAGAUGAAUGAACAUGUGGUUAAUAUAUGAAUGAAUAUGUGGUUCUUAUGUGAAUAAAUAUGCGGUUAAUAUACGAAUAAAUAUUUUACUGGCAAAAAAA